ACUGUGCUCUCACUUUGCCGCUAGAAGCGAAGACUGGGUUACAGCAGCUGCAGGGAGGAAAUCCUUCACUCAAAGACAACUUGUGUAAAGGUUAGAGUGAAAACGUCAAGCCGUGUGAGGUCAUCUUUUGCCUCAAGAACUGCCCACAAGCCAAGAGAAGUGGAACCCACUGACAGAGAUGUCAGCGCGCCAUUCGUUCGUCAAAGUAUUCCGUGUGAAGGCGUGGUCUUGAGAUCUGUAAACUGACAUAAAACUGAGAAUUGCAUUUAUAAUUGUGGGUGUGUAUAUAUAAACGUCCGAGAAGGACACGCGCUCGAGAGUAUCUCAGACACACUAAGAAGAAACGACGCAUAAUCACGUGAGUGGUCUGUGUCCUGACCCAGAGGUCAAGAUGAGCAGCUCCGACGAGAACUCGGCAUGCCAGGUGUGCUACGAGUUCGAGCCUCAGGCGUGGCGGAAGUCGCUGUGCCGGAACUGCUUCCACUCUCUGGACGAGCACUCGGAGGAUCUACUGGCGGCGGAGGCCGAGGCGGUGGCGAGGGAGAACGCCGAAAAACAAACUGUGCCCGAAAAAACCGGCCCGGGGAAGGCCGACUCCGACAAGGACAAGACUACAGCAGCGUCGGCUGCUUCUGGUAAAGGGAAAACUGCUGAUGUAGGGGAGAAAGAUGUGAAGGUGAGCAACGACGUGAAGUCCAAGUUUGGACCCGGGGCGGGGAAAGACAGUGGCAAAGCCGCGCCCUGGGCGAAAGAUUUAGGACGGGAAUAUUCAAAAACAGGCAAAACGCCUCAAACUGGGUCUAAAUCCGCCGGUACCCCUGCAUCAUCAUCGUCACCAUCAUCAUCUUCUUCUUCUACCUCGUCUUCGAAAUCGUCUGCAAAGUCAACAACAUCCUCCUCGUCUUCUUCCUCCACAACGACAACGCCAUCAUCAAAAGCAGCAGCAGCACCCUCCUCACCGGCCGACACGUCCCCGAAGUCAGCGACUUUGUCCAAAGCAAAAAGUUUUGCGUCCAAAUUCGAGUCCAAGGCUUCUAGCUCGUCCUCUGACAAGCCGACUCCCUCCAAACCCUCAGACCUCAAGUCUUCGGGCUCCUCUGGAAAACUCGCCAACGACACUUCCAAACCCGCCUCCAAGCCCGAAGAUUCAAAAUCGACUGAUUCAAAAACAUUGGACUCGCCUAAAGGUCAGGGAUCUAAAGACUCCAAAUCCAAAAUAUCCGACAGUGUAUCCAAAUUUUCGUCCAAGUCUCAAGGUGCGGAGCAGGGUAAGGGAAAGGAGGAUGUGUCCGACAAGAAAGAUUCUCUCAAAUCUCCAACUGACAAUAAGGAUAAAAAAUCUUUAGCGUCGAAAUUUGGAGAAAAGGAAAAUACUUCGCGCUCAAAAGCUGCACCAUUUGGUAAAGAUAUGUUAAAAAACACGAAAGACACGACGAAAAAAGACAAUAAAGCAAACGAUAUUGGUUUAGAAAAGACAAAAUUGAAGGACAGCCCGAAGGAAACAGCUAAACUGGGAUCUCCGAAAACGCCAACCCCAAACGACAAGGAUAAAUCCUUGCUAAAGGGAGACAAACAGAAAGAGGAUUCAAACAGCAAGAAAAGUAAAGAGGAGCCAGUGAGCAAAGUAAGCUCUAAUAAUAAAUCAGGUGAUAUCGACGCCAAUGUAAGCCAAAGGUCACAACACGCCGCCUCCACCAGCCCCGACACGAAAUCUGCGCAGCAGUCUCCGGGCAGCUACACGAGCGUGUCAGAUUCCUCUCCUCCCGGCCCCCGUGUCGGGCAGGGCGCCACCACUCGGACAGGUAAACUCGCAGACUCCGGCAGCGCGAGUGUUGGCGAGGGCUCAGGGAAAGACACGAGAGCAGCAGCAGCAGCCACGCAAGGUAACGCCAAUGACGUCACACGGAAAUACCUGAACGACAGCAAGGGAGAUGAAUCGGGGAUCGUAGGUAAAAAGAGUGGCGGUGGUAGUGGUGGCCCUUCUUUUGAUUCGUCCAAAACAUCGGAUAAAGAUAAACCUUCUCUGUAUAAAGAUAGAGGGAAAGACAAAGGGGGAGGAGGAGGAGGGGGAGGUGUGGAAAGUGGCGUUAGCGCACGCGUUUCGGCCACUGAUCCCCCAUCGCGAGGCUCACCGGCCGCGGGUAGAGAGGACGCUCGCAGUGCUGGGUCCCCCGCCACGCCGUCCUCACCUGUACCAGCCACAAACGCCAGCUCCCCGUCCACGCCCACAUCUCCGCUGUCUCCCAAGACAGCCACUCCGUCUUCACCGCUCGCGUCAUCGGUGUCGACGUCUUCUUCUUCUCCAUUAUCGACGCCGACAUCGAAACCCGGCGACAAGAAGCCCAAAGACUUACGACUCAACACAGACAAAGCCUCCUCGGUCUUAGGGAAAUUCAAAGAGCUCGAAAAGAAAUCAGGAGUCCAAGAUGGCGACUCUAAGCCGCCGGGCACGAAAUCGAAAGUGCCUGGCGACACAGUCGGGGCAGCGUCCGCUUCCCCGGGUGUGCAUGAUGAAAAGUUAAAGAAAACGUUAGAAGAAAAGGAAGAAAAGCUUCGAGCUCUAGAACAGCAGGUUUCCAAGAUGGAAGGCGACAUGAAGAAACUGGAGGAGGAGAAAGAGCGACUGAGGAAGGAGGAGAGUUCCUCCCGACAGACCCAGAAAGAAGAUAUGGAGAAACUGCUGCAGGAGUUGCGGGGUCAGUUAGACUCGAUGGGUCAACAGUGUGAGCGACUCCAGGGAGACAACCAGACGCUGCUCAACAAAGUGCACGUGCAGGAGGAGAGUGUGAGGCGAGACCAGGUGACGAGGGGUAAGAACGUGGAGAAUGUCCACUUGGAGGAAGAUCUGGAGCUGGCGGAGAAAGAGUUAGAGGAGGUGAAAGAGGUCAACAAAGACCUCCAGAGUCAGAUCAUGGAGAUGAAGAACGAGAUGGACGAGAUGUACGACCACUUCCGAGAAAAUGAACACGACGAGUUCCGAGAGCUGCAGAAGGAGCUGGACAUGACGGCCAAGAACUGCCGUAUCCUCCAGUUCAAACUCCGCAAAUCGGAACGUCGGAACGAGCAGAUAGAGGAGGAUCGCAUCCACUACGAGGAGAAAUUGAGGAUGCUCCAGGACCAGUUCGAUUCUCAAGACGCGAAGAAUCACAUUCGUGUUCUAGAGGAAGAGCUGAGGGUUGCUAAAGAGGUAUCGGUGCGUCUUCACGACGAGCUGGAUAUCGUGGAGGACAAGCGCGGCAAGGCCCUGGAGGAGAACCGACACCUGACCGAGCUGUUGGAGCACACGGACAAGAGGCAGUUCCGGCUGGAGAUGGAGAUCGACAAACUCAGAGAUAUCACCAGCUCAAAUUUACCGAGGAAGAAGCUAAGAUGAUGAGAAGGCGAGUAUCGGAGAUGGACGAGGAGAACGAAAACCUCCGUCUGCAGCUCCAAAAGAUGAGUGAGAAAGCCAGCAAGCACAAGAAAAAGGAAAAGGAGACACAGAGGGAGUUGGAGGAGGAAAGAAAGCACUACGAGGCAGUACGGGCUGCCCUGACGUCACAGAUGUCCAACCCAGGCGAGUCGUCUCCCCUGUUGUCCCAGCAACCCAUUCUGCAGUCACAGUUCUCCCAGGACAGUGACGUAGGCAACGGCGGUGACAUGUCAGCUGACGUCAUUCUUGUGGUCGGGGCGGAGGGCUCUGACAUCAUCGAAGGGGAGGAGCCUAUCCCUGUCAGUCACAGAAAGGACUCCACCGACGAGGACCUCAUGAACGUCAUGCAGAUGCGUGUACAGCUAGAAAUGCUGGAACAAGAGCUGAUGACGUCACACAAGAAACUUGAUGACCUCGACCUUGAGAAUGAGAAUCUGCAAGCUGAGGUGAAGUUCCUGCAGGAACGUCUGGAAGAAAAAGAGAGGAGCCAGGAGUCACGUGAUCUCCCCGAGUCCUUGACCCCUAGCGCGUUCUACGAGGACAAGCUGCGGGAGGUGAACCAAGAGGUGGAUGACCUCAGGUGGAAGCUCAUCGAGAAGGACCGGGAGCUGGAGAGGCUGCAGGUCGUACAGACUCGCCACACUAGAGAACACGGCCAUUCCAAGAAGACGGACAAGCUGAAGAAGUCCAAGUCCCUGGACACAGAGGCUGACCCCGUCACCUCUGACCUCAAACGUCAGCUGGAGCUGUCGCAGCAGGACGUCAUACAGCUGAGGGUCCGGAUGGAGGAGGCGGAGGAGCAGAGCAAGCGAUUGGCUGAGGAGAACGAAGAUCUGAAGUCCCGGUCGAGCGUGCCAUCUGUCCAGGCUGACGAUGCGGCGGUGAGGAACAUAGAGCUCCGGGACAAAGUGGCUCGUCUGGAGGAGGAGAACAGGGGUCACGCAGACAAGAUCAAAGGCUUGACCGACAGUCUGCAGCGGUUGUCACGUGACACCAGGAGCAUCGCCACGUCACCGAUGUCACCUG